AUGAAAAACAUGGUAGAUAAAGUUAUAUUGCAAUCUAAACCACGAGGCAUCCUAGUUGGAAGAACGGGAACUGGCAAAACAACAUUGGCCAACAAACUUUGUGGAACAGGCCAUUCAGCUGGUGCAGGAUCGGGUAGUAUCACUCGAAAUCUUUUCCUUAAUGAUGUGAAGUGUGGUGAAAACGCAUUUUCUUUGAUCGAUACGCCUGGAACCAAUAGCUCAAUCGAAACAUACAAGCAUGCAUAUUUGUUAAGGCAUGCUCUCACAACAGUAUCAAUUAAUACAAUUUUUAUAAUCAUUAAAUAUGAAUCACGGUUUGAUACAAUGGUGCAAAACUACCUGGGAGUAGAAGAACCUGUUUACAAUUAUGGGCAUAAAGUUGUUGUAAUGAUUUCUCAUUGGGACCAUUCCAGAGAUCCAAGAAAUGAUUUUUCAGAAAUUAAAAGAUUAUUUGAAAAUGAGUGUCCAUACUUAUCGAAUAUAAUUUGCUAUUCGGAAUACAGUUCGAAUGCGGAAACAGCAAAUUUAAUGUAUUGCUGCAUAUCCAAUAUGAAACCAGAUGUAUUAACAAUAAACGACGAAGAGUUUUUUUUAAAAUUCAAUAUAGCCGAAACGAGACGUCAAAACCAGAUGUGGUAUAAAAACUAUGAAGAGAAAACAAAGUUACUUGAUGGACAAUUUCAAGAACUCGUUAAAACUGUCGCACAAACUGUACCACCUGAGGAUCGUGAUAACGUCUACCACAUGCUUAUUGUACAACACAAAAAUGAACUGGACGCUGUACUGAAAAAAGUUCAAGAAGAACAUGGUGCUCAAAUGCAAGAAUUAGAUUAUUAUGUAUUUUAUAUCCAGUUGCAAAAGAAAAACGUUCAGUUAUGUGACAAGUUCGCGGAAGCAGUAAUGGCCCUUAUGUCUUAUAGUUUAUUCGAUAAUCAAGUUCCCAGAAAUUUGAUCAAACAAUGUCCGCAUUGCCAGUUAAUCUGGUUCAAGACGGAAGGAUGUGAUGGUGAAACGCAAUGUGGCGCAAGAGGAUUCGAGAAGAAUAUCAUUGCAAAUGGCGAACCGAUUUGGAAAUAA